CCAGCCCGGCUGCCCGCGGCAGGUCCCGCUCGGGCCGAUGCCCCACCGCUGGGGGCAGGCACCCGCGCGGCCCCGCCGAAGGACCCCCGCGCCGCCCGGCGACAUGGCGGCCCGGGCCAGCGAUGCCGCGCAGGACAAGUUACAUCCAAGAAAUCUUAUCCCUGAGCUUUGUAGACUGUUUUAUGGUUUAGGCUGGGUAACAGGAACUGGUGGAGGAAUCAGCUUGAAACAUGGGAAUGAAAUCUACAUCGCUCCUUCAGGAGUGCAAAAGGAAAGAAUACAGCCAGAAGAUAUGUUUGUUUGUGACAUGAACGAACGGGACAUCAGUGGUCCUCCACCACACAAGAAACUGAAGAAAAGCCAGUGCACGCCUCUUUUUAUGAAUGCCUACACUAUGAGAGGGGCAGGUGCAGUGAUCCAUACUCAUUCCAAGGCUGCUGUUAUGGCUACCCUUCUUUACCCAGGGAGUGAGUUCAGUAUUACCCAUCAGGAGAUGAUAAAAGGAAUCCAGAAGUGUACUUCAGGAGGCUAUUACCGAUAUGAUGAUACGCUAGUGGUUCCCAUUAUUGAGAAUACACCAGAAGAGAAGGAUCUCAAGGAAAGAAUGGCACGUGCUCUGGAAAAAUAUCCAGACUCUUGUGCUGUAUUGGUUAGACGUCAUGGAGUUUACGUAUGGGGAGAAACAUGGGAAAAAGCCAAAACAAUGUGUGAAUGUUAUGAUUACUUGUUUGACAUCGCAGUGCAGAUGAAGCUGCAUGGGCUGGAUCCUUCAAAACAUCCAGCAGGAGAAAACGGGAUCUUGUAAAUGAGAACAUAUAUAUUCAGAUUUCUUACAUGAUGAUGGGAGUUCCAAUUCCACCUCAUGCUGUUAAAACCAGAAGGGGGUGCUGUUAUACUCAGCUGAUGGACAGAUGUUAGCAAUCAGGUUUGACUGUUAAAAAGAAAAUCCAAGAAGAAGAGGACAGUUAAACAAAAAAGCUGAGUAAUCAUUUCUAUUUAUGAAUCCUGUCAAAUGCUGCAGUAGGAGAAAUGAAAAUUCAGAUGCAAAAAAAGAUCUGUGAAAAAAGCUGUGGAGAACUAAUGUGACAUUUUGUUUGCGUGCUUUAAAAAUGCAGAUUUCAACAACCUGCAUUAUUUUGAUCCUACUCUAUUGCUACAUCAUUUACUUUGUUCUAGGUCUCCAUUUCUGAAAGGUAUAGUAGCCUUUAUUCUUGGGGAAAAAAUGUGAGGACGACCCCUUAAUUAGAAGUUAGGUAGAAAGUUUAAAGCAUUGCUUGAACUGUUAAUUCAUUCACGCCAUGUUAAUAGAUGUUGGGUUUUUUCAGUUAAGCCUGUAGCAUAUGUGUUUUUAAAUUCUCUUAAUUGUUAUUAUAAUGAGUAGGAAACAUAAUUUUAUAGCAUGCCUUUGGAAGUUGUUACUGAGAGACUGCUCUGUGUCUUGUCUGUUUUUUAUCUCUUUAAAUUCAUUCACUUUCAAUAAGAUUUUGUUACAACUUUACAACAGCUUAUGACCUGUGAUUAGCCAGCCUAUGAUAGAUUUAAUCAAACUGCUCAUUAAAAUAUAAUAUUGCAUA